AUGCGGACUGGAAUCACGGGAGCGACGGGCCUGAUCGGCCGCGCGCUCGCUUCGGAACUUGCCGAGAGGGGCCACGAAGUGGUGGCGCUCACCCGGCGCGAAGGCGCGCUCACGGGGUUCCCGCCCGGAGUCCGGUCCGCCCGCUGGAACCCUCGCGGUGACGGGGCGAACGCCGACCCGGCCGGUGUGCUGGAAGGGCUCGACGCCCUGGUCCACCUUGCCGGAGAGCCGGUCGGGAAACGCUGGACGACCGCCCGCAAGCGCGCCAUUCGCGAGAGCCGGGUGGAAGGCACGAAAGCCCUGGUCGCGGCCCUCGGCGCCGCCCGGAAUCGGCCCUCGCGACUGCUCGCCGCCUCCGCCGUCGGCUACUACGGGGCGCGCGGCGACGAAGAGCUUGCCGAAGACGCCGCCUCCGGACACGACUUCCUGGCCGAAGUGUGCCGGGAGUGGGAGGCCGCCGCCGGCGCCGCCCGGGACUGCGGAAUCGAGACGGCCUCCCUCCGGAUCGGGGUCGUGCUCUCCCCGCAGGGCGGCGCCCUGGCCACCAUGCUUCCUCCGUUCCGGCUGGGAGUGGGCGGCCGGCUCGGGAGCGGACGCCAGUGGACGGCGUGGAUCCACCUUGCCGACGUGACAGCCGCGAUCGCCCACCUCCUCGAGGCGCCUGCCGGGUCUCUCGAAUCGACGUACAACCUCACGUCUCCCAACCCGGUCACGAAUGCCGCCUUCACCAAGGCGCUGGGGAAGGCCCUCCGGCGACCGACCAUCCUUCCGGCUCCGGGACUGGCGAUGCGACUCGCCUUCGGAGAGAUGGCCGACGCGCUGCUGCUCUCCGGCCAGCGAGCGGUGCCCGGGCGUCUGCUCGCUGCCGGCUUCCAGUUCGGACAUCCCUCGAUCGGGCCGGCGUUGACCGACCUGGUCGGUUCCUGA